AUGCGCUCCUUCAAUAUUGUCUCGAGCUUGAUGCUCAUAGUCUCAGCCGUCGCUGUUGCUCCUGCUGCGAUCUACACUGGCGAUUCCUCUUCGAAGGAUGUACAGCUCCGUAUUGCCCUUGCCAAUGCUUUCAUCAAGUCCAGCGUGAAGAACUGCUCCAACCCCUUCGCCAUCGAAUGGUACAAGAGUGACACCACCGAGUCGAUAAACCAUCUAAAAGACAACACCGUCGACAUCGGCAUCACCUACAGUCCCGCAGCAGAGCAGAUCGCCAUCAAGAAGGGAAUUGCCAAGGACCCAGCCUGGUACACCUGGCGCAAUCACUUCCUCCUAGUGGGCCCCAAGUCGAACCCAGCCAAGAUCUCGCACAACCAAAACAUCAAGAGCCAGUUCUCAGACAUAUACACCGCUGCUGAGAACGGUACCAGCGACCUCCCUGUGCGCUUCCUGACUCGCUACGACAAGUCCGCCACUAACAUCAAGGACUCCUCGCUGUGGCUUUCUAUCGGUCAUGUCCCUUGGGCCACGAAAUACUCCCCGUGCUGGAGGAGUAUACCAUCACCGACCGCGGCACGUACCUCUCUCUCAAUUGAAGAGGAUGUCGCGAGCAAAGCUGUUAUCUUCAAGGCUUCUACUGAUGAGCCUCCUGACCCGCUUCUCAACCCUGCUCAUAUCCUUGUCGGUAAGAAUGCCAAGUACGAGAAGAUGGCUGAUAGGUUCGCCGAGUGGGCUAUCGGCUCUGAGGGCCAAAAAGUUAUCACUGGCUUAAAAAGAAUGGGCAGCAGCUGUACACCGGUGCGCCUGCUAACCGGACGGCGCAGUUCUAAAAUGGCGGUCUAA